UCGAUUAAUGAAGAAAAAAAGAGAUUCAUUAAAAUUCAGAAUAGAACAAGAUAAUUAUAUAUUUAACAAUCAUCUUAAUAUUGUUUGUGUAUUAAUAAACAUAAAACUCAAAGUGCAACGUGAUUAAAAAAUACGAAGGAGUGGAGAGGAUAACCUUAACUGCGCAGUAUGUUAUGACAGUCAUGUUCAGAAAAAAGGACUGGGAGGAGGAGAAGAAAAUUUAUUUUCGAGAUAUUAAAUAUUGAUACACAUUUUUAAGAAGAUUUAUUUUUAAUUAUGAAAUAGCUAUUUUAUUAACGAUUUAAUAACUUGAUAUUAUUAUAGUUUCUAGGAAAGUAAUGUCAGAAAAAAAAGUUUUUGUAACAGUCGGUACAACAAGUUUUGAUGAUUUAAUUUCAACAAUAUUAAAUCAUGAAGUACUUGAGGCUUUAGCUUUGAGAGGUUAUAAUUAUUUAUCUCUGCAAAUUGGUAAAAGUUCUUUAGAACCUGAUUGCACACCUCGAUAUGGUAUCAAUCAUAUUGAGUAUUUUCAUUUAAGCUCAUCUAUUGAAGAUCAUAUACAGGCAGCUGAUUUAGUAAUAAGUCAUGCUGGUGCAGGAAGUAUUCUAGAAGCUUUAGAAGCACACAAACAUUUAAUCGUAGUUACUAAUCAGUUACUCAUGGACAAUCAUCAAUUAGAGUUAGCACAGAAAUUAUAUGAAGAUAAGCAUUUGUAUUAUUGCACUUGUGAUACUUUAUUGAAUACUAUUCAAACAAUGGAGUUACAUAUAUUAAAACCAUUUAUAUCUGAUGGAAGUAAAAAUAUCAUUAAUCAUCUGGAUCGUAUCAUGGGUUUUAAAUAAAAUAAAUAUGAUUUUUAUAGUUAAUAACUAAAAUAAUCAAGAAUUAAAAUAUUUUUAACAUACAUAUGUUUUUAAAGUUCAUAAAAUUAUAAAAAUAAUAAAUUCAUAAAAUAUAUAAAAACGAUAAAUUUUACCUUGUUUAAUUCCUUGGAACAAUGAUAUUGAAUAAUCUUAUAUUCUCUUUUAUAUUGUACAAAUUCUAGUUUGUAUUAGUACAAUAAAUUAUCAUCAUCACAAAAAUAUUAAAAUUGGAUAAACAUCGAUCACAUAUAAGUAUACAAGUGCAAGGUUAAUAGUAUGAGGUAUAGUGAGAAUCAUAUAUUAUAUUUAUGUUGAAGUACAUAUAGAUAAUAUAGAAUAGAUAAACUUUAUAUUUAAUAACAAUAUAAAAAAUAAUAUACUUAACAAGCGUGGCAUAAAAUGUUUAUUUAGAUAUAAAGACAACUUUUUCAUUUCACCUAAAAUAAAUUAUAGAAGAUAUUGUGGCAGUCAACUUCAUUAAAUUUUUUCAAUCAUUAUUUAAUUAUCUCUGAUUAGUUACUUAAACGCUAAAUCUGUAAAUUUAUACAUACACACGCAUAUAUAUAUAUAUAUAUAUAUAUAUAUAUAUAUAUAUAAUGGCUCUGAUAAUA